GUCCUAUGUACUUCAAUGGAAUUUAUCAUCUAUUUUAUCAAUACAAUCCAUGGGGAGCAGAAUGGGGCAAUAUUGUUUGGGCACAUUCAGUAUCCAAAGAUAUGAUCAACUGGGAAUCUCUUGAACCUGCUGUUCUUCCUGGUAACAAGCCUGUCAUCAUGUACACAUGUAUUUUUCUACAAUAUAUACGAGUAAAUAACCAACUCCAAAACUAUGCCAUACCUAAAAAUGUGUCUGAUCCAUACCUUCGAGAAUGGAUCAAACCAGACAACAACCCAAUAGUAGUGCCAGACAAAAGUGAAAACGCUAGUGCUUUUCGUGACCCAACAACUGCUUGGAAAGGUGGAGAUGGUCACUGGAGAAUAGUGGUUGGAGGCAAAAGAAAUCGUAGAGGGAUGGCACAUUUGUAUAGAAGCAAAGACUUUAAGAAUUGGAUCAAAGCUAAACACCCUCUGCACUCAGUCCCACAUACUGGCAUGUGGGAAUGUCCUGAUAUUUACCCAAUUUCACUCUCUGGCAGCAAAACUGGUUUGGACACUUCUGCUAUGGGACAAAAUAUUAAACAUGUAUUCAAAGUUAGUCUUGACCUUACCAGGUAUGAGUACUAUACCAUUGGUACUUAUCUUCCUAAUAAAGAUAGGUAUGUCCUUGAUAAUACCUCUAUUGAUGGUUGGGCUGGUUUGAGAUAUGAUUAUGGAAAUUUCUAUGCCUCAAAGACAUUUUAUGAUCCUCUUAAGAUGAGAAGGAUUUUGUGGGGUUGGGCCAAUGAGUCUGAUACUAGGGAUGAUGAUGUAGCUAAAGGAUGGGUUGGAAUCCAGUUAAUCCCAAGGACAGUGUGGCUUGAUCCUAAUGGAAAACAAUUGUUACAAUGGCCUAUUGAAGAGAUUGAAACCUUAAGAGAUCAAAAGGUUGAAAUAAACAAUCUGAAACUUCAGAAAGGAGAUGUUACUGAAAUCAAAGGAAUAACUGCGGCCCAGGCUGAUGUAGAUGUUAUCUUUUCAUUUCCAAGUUUGGCCAAAGCUGAGAAAUUAGACUUAAGUUGGGAUAAUGCAGAAGAUCUCUAUGCACAAAAAGGAUCACAAGUUGAAGGUGGUAUUGGACCAUUUGGACUACUUACAUUAGCUUCUAAAAACCUAGAAGAAUAUACUCCUGUGUUCUUCAGAAUAUUUAGAGGACCAGAAAAGAAUGUAGUUCUUAUGUGCUCUAAUGCAUCAAGCUCUUCUUUAUCACGUGGCUUAUAUAAGCCAUCAUUUGCUGGAUUUGUAGAUGUUGACAUAACUGAUAGUAAACUUUCUCUUAGAAGUUUGAUUGAUCAUUCUGUUGUUGAAAGCUUUGGAGAAAAGGGAAAAACAUGCAUCACAUCUAGACUUUAUCCAAGUUUGGCCAUUGGAAAUGAUGCGCAUUUGUAUGCGUUUAACAAUGGAAGUGAGACUGUGACUAUAGAGAAUCUUCAUGCACGGAGUAUGAAGCGACCAAUAGUCAUGAACUAA